GAAGCACAGUGUUGAGACAAGCAGGGCGUUACACCCUAACUAAAGGGAAAACAGAACUCUUUCGUGCCUUGUGGAGGCUUAGUGCUGCUGAGGUGACUGCAGUAUCCUGUACCUUGAUAGACACUCUCAGAAAAGUGGAUUAAGCAAAGAGACUGCCAUACUUGUUUGGUACUUCUUGUUCCCUCUGAGACUCCUUAUGAAAACGGUCUUUAAACUUGGACUGCUUGUUUGACUAUUCUCUGUUCCAGCAAUGGCCAAACAAGGAUCUGGCAGGAAAAACCCAGAGAUCGAACUUUUCAUUAAGGCUGGUUUCGAUGGAGAGAACAUUGGAAACUGUCCCUUUUGCCAACGUCUCUUCAUGGUUCUGUGGCUGAAAGGAGUUGUCUUUAAUGUAACGACAGUGGAUAUGAAAAAGAGACCAGAAGAACUGAAAGAUUUGGCUCCUGGCACGAAUCCUCCAUUCCUCAUCUACAAUGGAGAGCUGAAAACUGAUUUCAUCAAGAUUGAAGAGUUUCUUGAGGAGACACUUGCUCCACCCAGAUACCCACAUCUCACUCCACGACAGCCAGAAUCCUACGCUGCAGGCAGUGACCUCUUUGCCAAAUUUUCAGCAUACAUCAAGAAUGCAAGGAAAGAUGCCAAUGAAAAGUUUGAAAAGGCCCUGCUGAAGGAGCUGAAAAGGCUGGACAACUACCUGAAAGAACCCCUUUCUGAUGAGAUUGAUGCUAAUAGUUCAGAGACGAUCCUUGUUUCCAAGCGCAAGUACCUCGAUGGAAAUGAGCUGACGCUGGCAGACUGCAAUCUACUACCUAAACUGCACAUCAUCAAGGUGGCUGCAAAGAAGUUCCGUAAUUUUGAGAUCCCUGUGGAAAUGUGUGCUCUCUGGCGUUACCUGAACAAUGCAUAUAAACGAAAUGAGUUCAGCCACACUUGUCCAACUAAUGAGGAAAUUGAACGCGCCUAUGCUGAUAUUGCCAAAAACCUCGAAUGAAGAUAAAUUGACUGCAUGAGCAUUCCAAUGUCAUUGCUCAAACACCCAUACAUUAUUUGCUAAACAGACAAGUAACAAGGAAAUCUGUCGUUUCGCUCAGAUUUGUUCACAGUGCUGUUCUAGUGUGAGGCCCGUUCAAUUGCUUUAAUGCUCGUCAUUGCUACCGUUCCUAUUCUAUUAUUCAAUGCUGUCUCAAUAGUAAUGAAGUGUUCAACUAUUACAGUCUUGCACUUCAAAGUGACAUUAGACCCAGUUUGCACAAAUACAAAAUGGUCUUAAAAAUGAAACAGAGAAAUAAAGACAGUCAUCACUCUUGGGCCUAAAUAUCAUAAGCACUUUGUAGCCUGAAAGCUUCCUUAACACACAACAUUUAAACCCUAUCUGCUGUUAGGUAAUUGGAUUUUGAGGCCUUAAAGGUGGAGAAUUCCUUUUCGAUAACAGUGCCUCACAUUUGCACUGCACAAUAAAACCUCCCUGGAUUUAUAAAACAGCAGCUUGCCUGAUUCACCAUAAAAAGUCCUCUGAUGGGCAAUAAUCUUGUCAAAAUGCUUCUAGAGUAGUCCCAUUCACAAUUGCUUCAGAUAGGAGCUGAAGCCCAAUAACACACCGAAAUGUCUUCUCAUUUAACCACACUCUUGACCAAUCAUCUUCAAUUGCUCCAUCAAUGACCUUCUCUCCAUCAGAAGUAGGCAUGUUAGCUGAUGACUGCACAAUCUUCAGCAUAAUUUGAAACACUUCAUACAUGUCUGAAUGCUGCAAGAUCUGGAUAAUAUUCAGGUAUAGGCUAAGAACUGAUAAAUAACAUUCAUCUCACACAAAUGCCAGGCAAUGACCAUCUUGAAUAAGAGAGAGUCUAGCCAUCACCCUUUGAUAUUAAGUGGCAUUAGCGUCACAGAAUCUCCCCACUAUCGACAUUCUUGAGAUUACCAUUGACCAGAAGCACAACUAGACUCGCCGUAUAAAUACAGAGGCUACAAAAUCAGGAGAGAGGCUAGGAAUCUUGCAGCAAGUUACUCACCUCCUGAUUCCCAAAAGCCUGUCCACCAUUGACAAUGCACAAGUCAGGACUAUGUUGGAAUGCUCCCCACUUGCCUGGAUUAGUGCAGCUCUAACACUGAAAAAACUUGACAUCAUCCAGGAUAAAUCAGCCCACUUGAUUGGCACUACAUCCACUCCCUCCAUCGCCAAUGCUCAGUAGCAGCAGUGUGUUCUAUUUAUAAGUGGAUUGCAGAACUACACCAAGACUCCUUAGACAGCACCCUCCAAAGUCCACAACUGUUGCCAUCUAAAAGGACAAAAGCAACAGAUACAUGGGAACACCACAACCUGCAAAUUUCCCUUCAAAUCCCACACAAUGCUAACUUAAAAUCAUAUCACCAUUCCUUUAGUUUCACUGAGUCGAAAUGGUGGAACUCCCUAACAGCAUAUGGGAUAACCCACAACAAAUGGACAAUAAAUGCUGGCCUUGCCAACAACGCCCAUGUCCCCUGAAGAUAUCUUUUUAAAACAUUCCACCUAUAGCUUUUCCACUCCCUCCCCAAGGAACUGUUCCAACAUGUUUCCAUUUUUUUACCUAGAAAUCUUUCCAUGAUCUUGGUCCUGUUUGUCUGUGUAGAAUCCUCCAGUGCUACAACUCUCCGAGAUCUCUUUGCUUCUCCAAUUCUGGCCUACGCCUAAAUCACUCAACCAGCGGUGACCAUAUGUUUAACUCUUGGUUCGAAACUCUGGAAUAUUUCACCUAAACCUCUCUACAUUUCUAUGCCUCUCGCUUCUUUUAAGAUACUCCGAAAAACUUGCCUCUUUGAACAAGCUUUACAUAUUCUUUCCUGAUUGCUCCCUCAAUGUGUCACUGUCAAAAACAUUUUUAUUGAUAUCACUCCUUUUUGGAGAUUUGAAGUGCUUUAGUGUUGUAAACGAGCUACAUAAAUGUAAGUUGUUGUUGUAUACCAUUAAGCUACUGGAAUCACUGAAUUUUAGCUGAUAGCUUACAAAAAAACAGUUAGUUGACAAUUAGUUCAACAUAGAUAAUUCACAGACAAUGCACGCAUAAGACUGAUUGCAAUAAACUCUACCUUUUUAAAGAACUCAAAGUACUUGUAAUCACAGUGGCUAUUCCUUGUAUGUUGAAGUGUGACCUAUCAUGGUCUUGCUCGUUCUUAGUACUCAAGUACUGUUCUUAGCACUGUUGCCUCACAGCGCCAGAGACCCGGGUUCAAUUCCCGCCUCAGGCGACUGACUGUGUGGAGUUUGCACGUUCUCCCCGUGUCUGCGUGGGUUUCCUCCGGGUGCUCCGGUUUCCUCCCACAGUCCAAAGAUGUGUGGGUUAGGUGAAUUGGCCAUGCUAAAUUGCCCAUAGUGUUAGGUAAGGGGUAAAUGUAUGGGUGGGUUGCGCUUCGGCGGGUUGGUGUGGACUUGUUGGGCCGAAGGGCCUGUUUCCACACUGUAAGUAAUCUAAUCUAAUCUAAUCACAAAGUGUUGUUGGAAAAUGGAUCAGCCCAGGUUGGUGACAGUUUAGACAAAAAAAACUCUUCUGUUCUAACAUGAAAAAUGUGAAGUUAAUGAGACCCACAAAGAAGCAGGGACUGGCAUAAGCACAUUUGUAAACAAACUUCGAAGUUUAUCAUGAAGUCCAUAUCUCUACAGUAAAUUAUGAAGCAUUCAACCACUGAGGUACAGCCCUAAACUGUAGUAUAACUCAGCUCUACAAAUAGGCCAUCCCUGUACAUCUAAAUCAGAGUUACAUAUGUGGGACAGCCAGCAACUUGGCAGCAACUGAUCAAACAACAAAUCUGACUGGCACUGCCCACUCUGACUGAGCCCCCACCCAAAUUAAUCCAUUAAACAAAACAAACUGAGCAAAAGGAAAGAAGUGAAACUGAAAUUACUAAUUUGUAAGAUUGAAAAUGUGUAUUUUCAAAAUGUGCUAGUAAUUUAUGAAGGCAUUUUGUUUGACCUUGAAUUGCUGAUAGAGAGAGCUGCAAAUAGUAGAUAGAGAUAUGAAAUAUAUGUAAAAAUAAAUCUACUUUAGAUUGUCAUGUCACAUAAUCCUGAGUUUUUAACCUAGGAAUGAGAUGAAUGUAUCCUGAGCAAAGAUUGUUCCUCUGUUAAUGUUAAGGAACCAUAAACGUAUAUCAUAUUGCGAUAAUAUUGUGCAAAUGUAGAAGAACCAUGUUGUCAUGUAGCAGCUCCUUUAAUAAGACCCUGAAUCUAUCUUGUUGUACAAUAUUAAAGAAUUACAUUGUUUUUUUUCUUUCUAA